CUCUCAUAUACGCACACAGUAGCACUCUGCAAUUGUUUGUUCCUCUCGCUUCCAAGCUUUUCUCUUAACAUUCCAGAGGGAGCAUACAUAGCAGUAGUUCGUAAACUCACCAACCUCUGAACUUUUUUAUCUCAGAGAGAGAGAAGCAAGUACUCACCGUCAGAGCUGAUCUAGGGUUUUCUACAUCCCUAUAUUUCUCUCUUGAUUCAAUCGAAAAUGGCGAUGACGGCACAAUCUCCUUUUAUUUUAGGGGAACGCCAGUCGGGGCAGGACGUUCGUACUCAAAACAUUGUGGCGUGUCAAGCUGUUGCCAAUAUUGUGAAAUCUUCACUUGGACCUGUUGGUCUCGAUAAGAUGCUUGUUGAUGAUAUUGGUGAUGUAACAAUUACUAAUGAUGGUGCUACAAUUCUCAAGAUGUUAGAAGUUGAGCACCCAGCUGCCAAGGUACUUGUCGAGUUGGCUGAGCUUCAAGACCGAGAAGUUGGAGAUGGGACAACUUCAGUGGUCAUUAUAGCUGCAGAGUUGCUUAAGAGAGCAAAUGAUCUUGUGAGAAAUAAGAUCCACCCAACGUCUAUAAUCAGUGGAUACAGACUUGCUAUGAGGGAAGCAUGCAAAUAUGUUGAUGAAAAAUUGGCUGUUAAGGUUGAAAAGCUUGGUAAAGAUUCUCUUGUGAACUGUGCCAAGACUUGCAUGUCCUCGAAGUUAAUAGCUGGUGACAGCAACUUCUUUGCAAAUCUGGUAGUGGAAGCAGUACAAGCAGUAAAAAUGACCAAUGCGCGAGGAGAAAUUAGAUAUCCAAUCAAGGGAAUUAAUAUUCUUAAAGCUCAUGGUAAAAGUGCAAGAGAAAGCUACCUGUUGAAUGGCUAUGCUCUGAAUACGGGCCGUGCUGCACAGGGAAUGUCAACCAGAGUUUCCCCUGCAAGAAUUGCUUGUCUUGAUUUCAAUCUUCAAAAGACAAAAAUGCAAAUGGGUGUUCAAGUAUUAGUUUCUGAUCCCCGGGAGCUUGAAAAGAUUCGUCAAAGAGAAGCCGAUAUGACUAAAGAGCGUAUUGAGAAACUUCUGAGAGCUGGAGCCAAUGUUGUUUUGACUACAAAAGGGAUUGAUGAUAUGGCUCUCAAGUACUUUGUGGAGGCUGGUGCAAUUGCUGUGCGACGUGUUCGGAAGGAGGAUUUGCGCCACGUUGCCAAGGCUACUGGUGCAACCGUGGUUUCAACAUUUGCCGAUAUGGAAGGAGAUGAAACAUUUGAUUCCUCACUUCUUGGCUAUGCAGAUGAAGUAGUGGAGGAACGCAUUUCCGAUGAUGAUGUAAUCUUGAUAAAGGGGACCAAAAACACAAGUGCGGUUUCUUUAAUUCUUAGAGGUGCAAAUGACUAUAUGCUUGAUGAGAUGGAGAGAGCUUUGCAUGAUAGUUUAUCAAUUGUUAAGAGAACCCUGGAAUCCAAUACGGUGGUUGCAGGUGGAGGUGCAGUUGAGGCAGCCUUAUCUGUUUAUUUGGAGUACCUAGCAACAACUUUGGGAUCUCGGGAGCAGUUGGCAAUUGCAGAGUUUGCUGAAUCAUUGUUAAUCAUACCGAAGGUGCUUGCUGUUAAUGCUGCAAAGGAUGCAACUGAGUUAGUUGCAAAACUGCGUGCUUACCACCAUACCGCACAAACCAAGGCAGAUAAGAAGCAUUUAUCAAGCAUGGGACUAGACCUUUCAAAGGGAACAAUACGCAACAACUUGGAAGCUGGAGUGAUUGAGCCUGCGAUGAGCAAAGUGAAGAUAAUACAGUUUGCAACUGAAGCAGCUAUAACGAUUCUCCGAAUCGAUGACAUGAUAAAGCUUGCCAAAGAUGAAAGUCAGAAUGGAGAGGAUUAGGUUUUGUUUGAAUGCACGUCACACUUGUAGGUCGGCUUGCGUUGGAUGAGUAGGCUGGAACUGAUGAUGUUGCAGUAUCUUGCAUCUAAUUAUUUUGCAUCGAAGAGGUUCCCCUUGUGCUGAAUUAGUGAUGGAUAUUACUUUUGUUGCUUUCAAAUGAAAAUUAUGUGUUUAUUCCUAAUUUUUCUACUGCAUUUUCACUAUGUUGUACCCCAGGUGUUUAUUAUUAUUAUUAUUAUUUUCGAACAAGUAAAA